GGGGGAAAAGUCCCAAAACCGCUUCAAAGUCUAUCUGUUCUUCUCUCUCUCUCUCUCUCUCUCUCUCUCUCUCUCUCCAGAAGACAAGGAAAACUAGGGUUUUUCUCGCUCACUUCCAUCUGUAAUCCUAUCCGUACAUUUACUAGGGUUUUGAUUCGAGCUUGAUUGGAAGCUUACACCCUGAAUUCCCGCGCUCUCUCUCUCUCUCUCUCUGUGUGUGUGUCGAUCUCUUGAUUCGAUGGCGGCAGAGAAGCUGAGGGAUUUGAGCCAGCCGAUCGACGUCCCCCUCCUCGACGCCACGGUCGCUGCCUUCUACGGCACUGGAUCUAAGGAGGAGAGGACAGCUGCAGAUCAGAUAUUGCGGGAGCUGCAGAAUAACCAAGAUACAUGGCUGCAAGUAGUUCACAUUCUGCAGAACUCACAGAACCUGAACACCAAGUUCUUUGCACUGCAAGUCCUUGAAGGGGUCAUCAAGUAUCGGUGGAAUGCAUUACCAGUUGAACAACGGGAUGGAAUUAAAAAUUAUAUUUCUGAUGUUAUUGUACAGCUUUCAAGUAAUGAAGUCUCUUUUCGGAGGGAAAGACUUUACGUCAAUAAACUCAAUAUUAUAUUGGUUCAGGUUUUGAAGCAUGAGUGGCCAACCAGAUGGCGGACCUUCAUUCCUGAUCUUGUUUCAGCCGCAAAGAGUAGUGAAACAAUAUGUGAAAAUUGCAUGGCUAUAUUAAAGCUUCUUAGUGAAGAGGUUUUUGAUUUUUCAAGAGGGGAGAUGACACAACAGAAGAUCAAAGAGCUUAAACAAUCAUUAAACAGUGAAUUUCAGCUUAUUCACGAGUUGUGCUUAUAUGUACUAUCUGCAUCACAAAGGACUGAACUUAUACGAGCAACACUGGCAACAUUGCAUGCUUUUCUAUCAUGGAUUCCUCUGGGCUAUAUAUUUGAAUCCCCACUGCUGGAAACACUCCUAAAGUUCUUUCCCAUUGCAUCAUAUAGGAAUCUUACUCUCCAGUGUUUAACAGAGGUUGCGUCCCUUCAAUUUGGAGAUUACUAUGACAUGCAAUAUGUCAAAAUGUACACUAUUUUCAUGGUGCAACUACAGAGUAUUCUUCCACCUGGAACGAAUAUUCCUGAUGCUUAUGCAAAUGGUUCCAGUGAAGAGCAGGCAUUUAUUCAGAAUCUGGCCCUCUUUUUCACUUCAUUUUUCAAGUGUCAUAUUCAAAUACUUGAAUCCACUCCGGAGAACAGAGCGACACUUCUCAUGGGUCUUGAAUAUCUAAUUGGUAUUUCAUAUGUUGAUGACACUGAAGUUUUCAAGGUCUGCUUAGACUAUUGGAAUGCACUGGUCCUAGAGCUGUUUGAAGCACACCAUAAUCUGGACAAUCCGGCAGCUGCCGCAAGCAUGAUGGGACUUCAGAUGCCAUUGCUUUCUGGCAUGGUUGAUGGCCUUGGUUCACAACUUUUACAAAGGCGACAACUCUACUCUGGUCCAAUGUCGAAGUUAAGAAUGCUAAUGAUUUGUCGCAUGGCUAAGCCUGAAGAGGUUUUAAUUGUAGAAGAUGAAAAUGGCAAUAUUGUGCGGGAGACGAUGAAAGACAAUGAUGUCCUUGUUCAAUACAAGAUCAUGCGGGAAACACUGAUCUACUUAUCACACCUUGAUCACGAGGACACCGAACAACAGAUGCUGAAGAAGUUAAGCAAACAGUUGCAUGGCGAGGAUUGGACAUGGAACAAUUUGAAUACUUUAUGUUGGGCGAUAGGAUCGAUAUCUGGGUCCAUGAUGGAGGAGCAGGAAAAUAGGUUUCUGGUGAUGGUAAUUCGUGACUUGCUGAACUUGUGUGAGAUCACUAAGGGAAAAGACAACAAAGCUGUUAUUGCGAGUAACAUCAUGUAUGUUGUGGGGCAAUACCCGAAAUUUCUAAGGGCCCAUUGGAAGUUUCUGAAAACUGUUGUGAAUAAGUUGUUCGAGUUCAUGCACGAAACACAUCCAGGAGUACAGGAUAUGGCGUGUGAUACAUUCUUAAAGAUUGUUCAGAAGUGCAAGCGCAAAUUUGUACUCAUACAGGUAGGCGAAAGUGAACCAUUCGUAUCUGAACUUUUAUCUGGCCUCCCAACAACGAUUAUAGAUCUUGAGCCUCACCAGAUUCAUUCAUUUUAUGAGUCGGUGGGUCAUAUGAUUCAAGCAGAAUCGGAUCCACAGAAGAGGGAUGAGUAUCUCCAGAGGUUGAUGGAACUUCCGAAUCAGAAAUGGGCCGAAAUUAUUGGACAGGCACGCCAGGAUUUGAACAUUCUGAAGGAUCCAGAUGUAAUCAGAACUGUACUUAACAUAUUGCAGACAAACACCAGCGUAGCCAGUUCUCUUGGAACAUAUUUCUUACCACAAAUAACAUUGAUCUUUUUGGACAUGCUUAACGUGUACAGAAUGUAUAGUGAGCUUAUAUCAAAUACUAUAGCAGGAGGGGGGCCCUUUGCCUCCAAAACAUCUGUUGUAAAGCUUCUGCGAUCUGUUAAGAGGGAGACUCUCAAGCUAAUCGAAACAUUUGUUGACAAGGCUGAAGAUCAACCACAAAUUGGAAAGCAGUUUGUGCCACCUAUGAUGGAUCCUGUUCUAGGUGACUAUGCUAGGAAUCUGCCAGAUGCCAGGGAGUCUGAAGUUUUGUCACUCUUUGCCACAAUUAUAAACAAGUAUAAGGGUGUGAUGACAGAGGAUGUGCCUCGGAUAUUUGAAGCUGUUUUUGAAUGCACUCUUCAGAUGAUUACAAAGAAUUUUGAAGAUUACCCAGAGCAUCGCCUGAAAUUUUUUUCUUUGUUACGUGCUAUUGCCACACAUUGCUUCCAUGCUUUGAUUCACUUGUCUAGUCAGCAAUUGAAGCUUGUCAUGGAUUCUAUCAUCUGGGCAUUUCGGCACACUGAAAGGAAUAUUGCUGAAACCGGUCUCAACCUUUUGUUGGAGAUGCUGAAGAACUUUCAGGUUUCAGAGUUCUGUAAUCAAUUCCACAGGACCUACUUUCUAACAAUUGUGCAAGAGAUUUUUGCUGUCUUAACAGACACAUUCCAUAAACCUGGUUUCAAGCUGCAUGUGUUAGUGCUGCAGCACUUGUUUUGCCUGGUGGACUCGGGCUCAUUGACUGAGCCUUUGUGGGAUGCUGCUACGGUUCCUUACCCCUAUCCAAAUAAUAUGAUGUUUGUUCGAGAGUACAUUAUAAAACUGUUGGGUACAUCAUUUCCAAACAUGAUAACAGCAGAGGUCACACAAUUCGUGAAUGGGCUGUUCGAGUCGAGAAAUGACCUCUCCACGUUCAAGAACCAUAUCCGUGACUUCCUGGUGCAAUCAAAAGAAUUUUCAGCUCAGGACAACAAGGAUCUUUAUGCAGAAGAAGCAGCAGCUCAGAGGGAAAGGGAACGCCAACGGAUGCUUACUAUCCCGGGUCUUAUUGCCCCGAGUGAGCUACAAGACGAGAUGGUGGAUUCGUAACCGGAACAACCUCCCAAUGCUAAUUUCAUCAGAUUUUCACUCCCGUGAAAUCUCAGAGCGCUCUGCCAUGGCCGUCAGAUUUUCUCUCGAGGUAACGAGAUCAGCGCCCAUUUUUCUCUUUAUUUUUCCAUUAUAUGCCUCUCAUUAGGUUGGAGGGAUAGCGAAGGUGUGACACCCUGCAAGAGCUGUUCUGUAGACUGCUGGUGAUACUCGAAGGACUGUUUGUUGUCGGUUGAAGUAAGAGGGAUGGCUCUUGAUCAAGGUAGGAAAUUUGCUAAUAUAGAGUUGUGUAGUGGGCCAUUGCCCGGCCAACCAGAAUCUGGUAGGUUUUCUGUUUUUGGGUUCGUCCCAGCGGGGAUGCAAUGCGACUGUAGCCAUUUAGAAAGAUGGUGAUGAUGAUGUGUUUGGUGUAUUUUAACCUGGGUGGGGUUUGCAGAAAUGAGUUCCGUUUAAAAUAUAUUGUAGUUUUCUCGGGUAUUGUAAUGUCAUUCAUCUUCUCUUUUUAA